GAAGGUAUAUUUCCCGCGUUCUGUGAGAGGGGUGAACAAUGAAGCCGCUGACGAGGAGGGCCAGUGGCAGAAGAGAAGCAAACCACAAGGAAAAACAGAAGCAGAAUAAGGCAGCAGAAAAAGAAGAAGAAGAUGAUGACGACGAUGCAGAGCGUAGCACGAGCAGUCGGAAUGAAGCCGUCUUCCAACCGCGGGCCCGCACGAAACGCGUGGACUGGCGCAAGCUGGGCUCGGUGGACCCGGCUGCCCUGUCCCGACUCUGCGACGUGGCCGAGCUGCAGGCCCACCUGAGCUACGUGACCUUUUGCGAUGCCGAGGCCGAGUUUGGUGUUGGUAGCACCAGCGGCGGCGGCGGCGGCUGGAACCAGACUGGGACAGCAGGUGGGCCAGGUGGACUGAAGGCGCUGCUCAAGCUGUUUAGACUCGCUCAGUUGGGGCUCGAGUACUUGUUGCGCACUCAGGACGCCCUGGCCACUGGACUCGACGACCUGGCUGCCAAUUGUCGACGGCUGCAGGCUGACAAGGACCGUCUCUUGGAUGAGCGUCAGCGUUUGCAGACAGAGCUGAUGGAAAAAUCCUCAGCACAACAUCCUGCCUGUACUGAAUGCUUUGAGAGAUCGAAGUUGGCUGUCACGCAACAAGAAGCCAGUAGUACCCGAGGAUUCACUGAGAUGAUUUUGCCUGAAUUGCAGGCCUUGAGACGGGAUCUGGAUGGCCUCAGGGCCACUGUUGCUGCUCCUACUCCUACUCCCCCUCCUGUCCCGUGUCGGGAAUGCGUGGAAAGACGGAGUUCAGCUGCAACGUCUUCAUUCGAUCCCGAACACUUCCGUCAUCUUCUGUCCACGGAACUCGAAAUGAAGUUGUCUCGGUUAUUGUCGGCGAAGAUGGAGCAAAAACCAUCGACAUCAAUUUGCGGGGACGGCUGUUCGAAAAUCCAGUCAGUUGCGACGGACUUGAGGGAGCAAAUGGGAGAGUUGCUGAGUUGUGAGAUUGGCAGAGUGCAGAAGCUCGUGUCGGAUCAGCACAAGUGGUGGACGGAGAAAUUGGGCGAGCGGGAUGCCGAGUUGGUUGGCGAUGUCAGGAAGGAGAUGCAGAAAAAGAUUGAGGAAACUCGAUUUACUGUUGACAACCCUGUCUAUGGGCGAAUGGAGCAGGUGUUGCAGCAAGUCCUCACGUGUCAGCAACACCAAGAAGCCAUGUUGAAGCAGCAGGAGGCAGACUUGCGCCUGUUGAACGCAAACAAGCGUCUCGUUGUGUCACCUCCUCCUCCUCCUCCUGCCCAAUUGCCAGUUGAUGAUUCUUUGACAUCUUCGAGACAAAAUCUCACCAGGAGUUACGAGGAAAUUGGAUGGGGUGAUCACCAUCAACAGCAGCAGAGUGACGUCUCUCCUAUUCUUCCUCAUCCUUCUUCAUCUACUUCUGUGUCAACGGCUGGAGUUGAAGGAGAACAGGAGAAAUCGAAGGUGGAAAAAGAAGAAGAAGACGAUGGCAGAAGAGAGGAGCGGAAAGGAAAAGGCGGAAGGAAAGUGGCGUCCAUUUUCAAAUCUAUCCGAAGGUCACUGAGAUUCAGAUCCCAGUCGAGUCCAUCGCUGAAAUCUAACCCUCAUCACUCGGGUACCAAUCCUCCAAAAGCUUUUGCCACAAGUACCCCGAGGAAGAACAAGAAGGAAGAGGAGAGGAUACGACGACGUCUGGAUGAUGGUGACGAACUAGUGGGCCACUGGUGGGAGAGAGACGACCGGGUGAAUGUUGGCUCGAAGCGCCUGCUGAACAUGGCCCAGUGGGCCAGGUCCGCUUCUACGCUGUCCUUGCCACAGCCCGAGGCUUCUCACGCAACUCAAGCCGCCAAAUUCAAAGACGGAUCCGCAACAAUUCCAAGGUCUGGUAAGAAGACAGUGUCAUUUUUGGAUGAUCAAGAAAGGGAUAGAAAAUCUUCUCAACAUGAAGAGGAAGCAGAAGAUGUGGAGGAGGAGGAGGAAGAAGAAGAAGAAGAAAUGGGUGGUGAUUCGGAGGAAGAUGAUGAAUCGGUUGCUCGGGUAUCAAUGCAACCAUCGUGCAGCAACAGUUCUGCACCUUUCGCCACUAUUAGACCCGUGCCCACGCCACGCUCGGUCGUUAUUAAAGGAACCGCUUCGUCAAUGACAAGUUGGGAUUCCGAUGAUUGAUUGAGGAACAGUCAUUCUUCCCAUUAUUGAUCGUCUUCUUGAAUUUUUGCAACUUCGGAUCUCGCUUGAUGCUUUUCGAAAACUUAUCUAGUCAAUUUGUCCUUUGUUCUCAUGAUCAUGUCUGUCUGUGAUGCACGAUUGAUAUUUUAUAUUGUCAAUAUUUUGCACUUGCAUGAGAAAAAGAAGAAUAUUGAAACGAAAAAUCCCGGAA